AUGGCCGAAGUAGCUAAUCCUCCAGUCCCUUCCAUCGAACGGGAAGGCAUCACGGUCCUGUAUGGCGACGAGAACAGCAAGGUUGACAUCGUCAUUCGGCAUGGUCUGAAUGGCCACCCACAGAGCACAUGGACCCAUGAAACCAAGUUUUUCUGGCCAUGGGAGCUCAAAAACAAGGUCAAGAAUGCUCGUGUCAUGGUCUUUGGGUACAAUGCCGACGUGACUUCAUCUUUUGCCGACAACUUGAUCCGCAUCAGGGACAUUGGUAGAAUGUUGUUGAGUGAUUUGGUUGUGGAGAGACAAGAGGAUGAGGAACGGGAAAGACCCAUCAUCUUUAUGGGUCACAGUCUUAGAGGGCUAGUCAUCAAACAGGCUAUCCUCCUUGCUUCCAAGGAGCUCCAUAAUCAAGAGAGCGACAAGCGCCUCAUCUACACCUCGACCAGGGGAUUGUUUUUCUUCGGAACUCCACACCUUGGUAGCAGAGCAGGAGAGGCCACUCGGGCGGCGGUUCUGAAAGCCAUUGCCAAAGUAGCCUUUGUCAAGGUGCCUCCUAAGCUAGAUUCAGCGCUGAAGUCGCACUCCGAUGAGCUCAACGACUUGACCGACGACUUCAGGCGAACCUCUCUUUGGCUGGACCAGAAGCUCAUUAUCUACAGCUACUACGAAUCUUUCGGAGAUGGGGCCCUCGGCGAUAUUGUCGUUGACCAAGCGUCUGCACUCACCGGAUAUGACAAGGAGAACUCCCAACCGGUUCAGAAGAAUCACCAGGAAAUGUUCAAGUUUGCCAACAAGGACGAUAGAGUCUUCGAAAAUGUUUGCGGAAGCAUCAAGGCUGUGAUGAGGGCAACAUCAUCAAGUGUUCCAGGGAGUACGAAAGUGCCCAGUUACCUAGAAUUCUCCAUGGAGACAGUCAAGACCUUUGUUCCUCGAAAGCGUCUCCUCAACGAGGUUAGAUCCCAAUUAACCCGUGAGUCAGAGGGCAGGCAGGCUGGGGCUCGAAAGGUCGGUAUCUGGGGAUCAGAGGGGACAGGAAAAUCACAGCUGGCCCGAUCCUACUUGCAAGAGUAUGGCUACCAGUAUGAUGCAACUUUCUGGAUCCAUGCCAUCAGCCCUGCAGCCCUCGAGCGUGACUUUCAGCAAAUUUACGGCACGCUGCCUAACCCUGCUCCGCUACCUCCAGAUUCGUCCCCCAAGAAAGUUCGAGCCGCGGUGCUGAGUCGAAGUUCCAUAGCUCGAGACCUUUCCACGUAUACUGGGAUCGAAAUCCGGGUUCUUGAGCCCCCAGAAGCCGCGAGGCUUUUCCUAGCCUGUGCUAAGAUCGAGGGAGCCACCGAGGAUACAGAGAAGCAGGCAGAGCUCAUAGCCGAGGAACUGGGCUACCUACCCCUGGCCCUUACCAUCGCUGGUUCUUACGUGGCCCGGACACCAAGGCUUGCCGCAGACUUGUCUGGGUAUCUAAAGGAGCACCGAGAACGCAAAGAACUCCUACGACAAGAGCCUCAGCAGUUGAUCGACAUGUAUGGGCGGAGUCUCAUGUCAACCUGGGAGGCCUCGUACACCGCCGUGCAUAACCAGUUGCCGGACGCAUGCUGUAUCUUCAGUCUGCUCGGCUUCUUUGGCAACGAAGCCAUUUAUCUUGAUGUUUUGACUUGGGCAUGGCCCCAUGAGCAAGACACCCACAGCAACUGGUGCGAGGACCUUGAAUUGCAGGUCAGAAGUGUAAAUGACCUCGAGGAAUGUUUCUCAACCCUGGAGAAAUACUCCAUGCUCCAGCGGGACGCGACCACGGGAGCGUACUCGAUGCACAGUUUGGUCCAUGCCUGGGCUUUCAGUAGGCUUGGGGUCAAGCAACCUCAAACUUUCAGCACGUACGCCAAUUCAGCCUGCCAAAUUCUCUUCAAGUCAACUGCGAAGAUGUUGAAGCUUCUGGAAGAGGAAGACACCGAGAGCAGCCGCCAGACGGCUCUGCGGCUCGUGCCCCAUCUUCGGAACGCAUUGCAGGUCCUCGAGAAAUUCUUAACCGACUCGACCGGUGAUGAUUCCGAGACCGAGCUGUACAUGACCCUACAGUUAUUCGGAGAGUUAUGGUGCAGGCGCGAGUGUUUGCUUGUCCGUGAAAUCCUUCUUAAAAAGUCAGAAGCUAGUCUUGGCUACCAACACCCCCACACCAUCGAACAUGCGGCCAGGUACGGAGCCGCUGUUGCAAUUCUAGUGGGUAAUGUAGAGGAAGGUGUGAAGAUUAUACGGGAGGCUGCAGAGAGAGCAAAGCACCUCGGAGACGAACAUCCCACGGUAGCCAUGGUCAGUGCCACAUUGGACAUGGUCGUCGAGAAUCGCUCUAACGAGACCGCUUUUGAGGAGGGGCUGCUAGAAACCCUGUCAAGUGUGCAAGCUAAUCUAUCUAUGAUGCAGCCGCUCCAACACCAAUUGAUGGAGCAACAAUCCCGGACUGAUAAUACCAUCGAACUGGUGGAAGAUUUGGUGAGAGAUGGACCGCGACGUUUGCGACCCCUUCGAGUACAGUGGCUCGAAACUGCUCUCCAGUCACGUGCGGCCUUGGAACUGCAAAUUACCUUGGUGCGCUCCAUAGUGCAAAGGCUGGAGGAAAUUUUGGCCGAUGAGGAUCUCAGGUGGUAUCAGGAGCACAGGACACUGUUGAGUGAGAGACUGAGCGCGCAGAGCAUGAUAGGCACUCUUGAGGGGUUGCUUUUGAUGUGGGAAGAAUUGUCGGUAGAUAUCGACAAGAUGGCGGCUCUGGCCGAGGAACGUGUGGAAAAAUCAGAGCAGAUGAGAGUUAUGUCUGAGAAGAUCAAAGAGCAGAUAGAAGGAACGUCGCUGUGGGAGAGUUUCAAGGAUGCCCUGACUGGCUGA